AUGACGGAUACGGAGUCACGACCUAGUCAUGUAAAACUCCGAUACCGAGCGUUGGCCUAUGUCCGUCGAAUUGGACGACAACGUCGACCGGUUAGAGCAGCAACCCCUCGCAGCUUUGCUGGCACGGGUGAAGAGCGCAGUAUCAAAAACCUCAUCGGGCGACGUUCGAUUGCUCAAAUUAGUAGCAAACGAGGUUUCGCAGACACAGGCGCGCUUCCAAGUGGCAGUCGCAAGAGCUCUACAGAAUCCGGAUCAAAAUCUCAACUGAAAUGCCUCAAUUCCAACGGUCGGGAUUCCACAUGGAGAGAAAAUAAGGUCAAUACACGAAGCCGGAGAGGUAGCAGCAAAGCACGAAGGAGGCCCAACACACCUCAAGCGAAUGCUGGCAAACGUCGUCACCAGUUCCUAAUGUCACAUCAGAACCACGACGGACCAAGAUUUGGUCUAUUCUGUGGAUGCAGCAUCGAGCACGAUGCAAUCGACCCCAACGCCACGACUCGCAAUGAGAAACACUAUAUUGAUACACGUUCGGGAGGUGCCCAAGCUACCGGUUUUGAUAGUGGAUUCGGCUUUACGUGUACCAGCCCAGUAGCCUGCCCGCCACCUCUCGGCCUUGAACUCACGCGUACGGCUCCUACAACCCUUCAGCUACGAUCUCGACAUGGACGGAGGAGUUUAAAGCUCGCACUUAGCGGCAAUAGCGCGAUGGGGCUCAAACGUAAAGCACCAUCGGUGUCUUCUGGAUACCCGUCUUAUACUCCUAGCACACCACCAUCGGCGUUCGUGAGCGACUUUACCCCACCAAGCACCUUGAAAAACACAAGAAAUCGCUCGCGUGUGUCAGUCGGGUGUAACGGGUGGUUCAUGAAUGACGACGACCCGGCCAUCGUGGGCUGGUACCGACAUCGUAGUAGCGACGAAGGCAACCCCAUCACACAGCUUGCGGGGUUGGCUCAGGCUUCUCGAGAUAGCGAUGCAGAAUUUGCCAGGGACUUGCCGAAAAGAGAAGGCAAACACGGAUCUCGAGCAUGCGACGGUGAUAAAGUUGGCAAGGAACGCAAAGCUCGAUUCAGCGUGUCGGUGGAACGCACACGUUCACUUGGCACUUGCUCGGCGACAUGUACGGUCACCAACAAGCUUCAAUGGAAGAGCUUUAACGGUCACCAACGCGGAACACGCAAGAUAUACUGCGUUGCAGCGUGCGGUGGCCAUCUGAGCUACAAAAUACUGAGUCUUAGCAAGUUGAAGUUGGCGGGAUUAAAAAGAAUUAAUCGCGCUCUGAAAGUAUCCGGUUGCAAUCGACCUUGA